AAUAACUUUCAGCUUCUUCAACGAAAGAGUGAGACGACAAAGAUAUGGGUGGUCUUUUGCGAAUUUUCUUGUCGUUGGUAGCAAUAACAUCUCUUCUUCCCUUGUCUUUUUGUGAAACUACCAGGAGCUAUGAGUUUAACAUUCAACUGCAAAACGUGACACGACUGUGCCACACAAGAAGCAUGGUUACAGUCAAUGGGAAAUUUCCAGGUCCACGUAUUGUCGCUCGUGAGGGUGAUCGCCUUCUUAUCAAAGUUACCAACCAUGUCUCCAAUAAUAUAACAAUCCAUUGGCAUGGUAUUAAACAACUUCGGAGUGGAUGGGCCGAUGGGCCAGCUUACAUUACACAAUGCCCCAUACAAACGGGCCAAACUUAUGUGUACAAUUACACCGUUGUUGGACAAAGAGGAACGUUGUUUUGGCAUGCACAUAUAUCAUGGUUAAGAGCAAGUGUUUAUGGCCCUCUCAUUAUACUUCCGAAGCUUAAUGUCCCCUACCCUUUUAUAAAGCCAUAUAAAGAAGUUCCCAUCAUCUUUGGUGAGUGGUUCAACAACGACCCUGAAGCCAUAAUUUCACAAGCAACACAAACUGGUGGGGGUCCAAAUGUUUCUGAUGCAUAUACCUUUAACGGACUUCCUGGGCCUUUGUAUAAUUGUUCAGCUAAAGACACAUUCAGAUUGAAGGUCAAGUCUGGGAAGACAUAUCUCCUUCGAUUAAUCAACGCAGCACUUAAUGAUGAACUCUUUUUUAGCAUAGCAAACCACACUCUCACCAUUGUUGAAGCUGAUGCUGUUUACGUAAAGCCUUUUGAUACUAAAACGAUUAUACUAGCUCCUGGUCAAACCACAAACGUUCUCCUUAAAACCAAAUCAAGAUUUCCUAAUGCCACCUUUCUCAUGUCUGCUAGACCAUAUGUAACGGGUCAAGGAACAUUUGACAAUUCCACGGUUGCGGGUAUUCUUGAAUAUGAAACAUCAAUUCACAUGAAGAAUCUUCCACUCUUUAAACCAAUAUUACCAUCUUUAAAUGACACUUCUUUUGUGUCAAAGUUUUCAAAUAGACUUAGAAGCUUGGGAAGCGUUGAAUUUCCUGCUAAUGUCCCACAAAAGAUUGAUAAAAAAUUGUUUUUCACAAUAGGACUUGGGACAGCUCCUUGUGCGCAAAAUCAAACUUGUCAAGGACCAAAUGGGACUAGGUUUGCCGCAUCUAUUAAUAAUGUGUCAUUUGUACAACCUAGUGUUGCCCUACUCCAGUCCCACUUUUAUAAUAAAUCAGAGGGUGUUUAUAGUCCUUAUUUUCCAAUCAACCCAUUGCAUUGGUUUAACUAUACUGGGACUCCUCCAAAUAAUACCUUUGUGAGCAAUGGGACAAAACUCAUGGUUCUUCCAUUUAACACUAGUGUGGAGUUAGUCUUGCAAGAUACGAGCAUUCUUGGUGCUGAAAGCCACCCUCUUCAUCUCCAUGGCUUCAAUUUCUUUGUUGUUGGUCAAGGGUUUGGAAACUACAAUCCCAAGAAGGACCCUAAGAACUUCAAUCUUGUGGACCCUAUUGAACGAAACACGGUUGGUGUGCCUUCUGGUGGGUGGGUUGCUAUACGAUUUCUAGCGGAUAACCCAGGGGUAUGGUUCAUGCAUUGCCAUUUGGAAGUUCAUACAGGUUGGGGUUUGAAGAUGGCAUGGCUCGUUUUAGAUGGAAAACUACCUAACCAAAAGCUCUUACCUCCACCGGCUGAUCUUCCAAAAUGUUAAAGCUUAUUCCUUUUCUUGACAUCUUCUCACUCAAUUUUUUUGACGAUAUAAGUUCAACGGGUCUCAUUUGUUUUUUCUACAACUUAACAUUGAAUGUUUAUAGUGAGUUGAAGAAAGUUAUGUGACGAGUUACUUCAUUGAAUAAAAUCUAACAAUUUCUUUCCUAA